AUGUUCGAAGAACAAGUUUAUGCCACAAUUUGUGGUGCAGCGCGUGCAAAGUUAAUUGCCAUUGAACGCAUGCAACAGCAGAAAAGCCAAAGGGAAGCUGAAGAGAAAGGUGAGUACUCAGUCGAUGUUGUGGUCAAGUCGAUCGAUUUGAAUAAUUUUUGUGAACACAUAGACAAACGGCACAAGAUCACUACACCCCAGUCAAACGUUUUGAAAAAAGCCAUCACCAUUUCGUCGAUUGCGAUUAAACGCAGGCCAACGCUGCCGCAAACGCCAGCGAGUGCCCCACAGGUGUUAUCGCCCAAGCGACAGUGCGCCACCGCCGUUUCGGUCAUACCCGCCGCCCAACUGACACCACAAGUCCAGUACGCCGCCACACCAGCCGCCGCAGUCGCUCUCAAGGCCGGUCAUCAAUUAACCUUUAAUCCCGCCGCUGCCGCCGCUGCUGCCCAAUACGCCGCCACUGCCGCCGUCAAUACACAUCAACACCACCAACACCACCACCACACACAGGUCGCUGCCGCAGCUGCAGCUGCCGCCGCCGCAGCACAGCAACAACGCAUCGCUGUCGCCGCCCAACAUUAUAAUUCCUCGGCUGCUGCAUUGUUAAAUCAGCAUUUGCAUUCGGUUGCAGCUGCAUCGCAUUCAUUGUCACCGGCCGCAGCGGCUGCCGUGGCUGCUGCCGCCGCACAUCAGCAGCACGUUGUUUUACAGCAACAGGCGCAACAGCAACAAAAACAGCAUCAUCAUCAUCACACACAGCAUUCGCUGAGUCAGCAGCACGUUUAUCAGCAGCAACAGCAACAGCAACAACAACAGCAGUCAUUGCGUCAGCAAUUGCAGGCACAACAGCAACAGCAACAACAGCAUUUGAUCAUCAGUAGUGCCAGUACAGUUAGCAGCACAUCCAACAGCGGCACAUCGCUAACCGCAACAGCGCCAACAGCAAAUACAACAACUACAACAGCAACAUCAGUUACAAACGCCAGUGUCGGCGCUCAAACAGCCACAGCUGUUGCUGCCCUAGCAGCCAAUUCGGUCAACGAAACUUCGUCACAUUCGAACACAUCCUCUGCAUCGACUACACCGUCACCGGCGGCAGCGACAGCAGCACUUAAUACGCACGACAACAAUAACAAUACCAGUGUGUUGAGCAGCAGUCCAAUUAGUAGUAGUAGCAACAGCAACAACAACAACAACAGCAACACAAUCAUUACCAACAGCUCGACAAUGGAAAAUCAAAUGGCUCUAGCACCAUUGGGAUUAUCGCAAAGCAUGGACUCAGUGAAUACGGCCAGCAAUGAAGAAGAGGUUCGCACCCUCUUCGUUAGCGGUUUGCCAAUGGACGCAAAACCACGCGAACUUUACCUUUUAUUCAGAGCUUAUGAGGGCUAUGAAGGAUCGCUCUUAAAGGUGACCAGCAAGAAUGGCAAAACCGCAUCGCCCGUCGGAUUUGUAACAUUUCACACCAGAGCCGGUGCGGAGGCAGCUAAACAGGAUUUACAGGGUGUACGUUUCGAUCCCGAUAUGCCCCAAACAAUUCGCUUGGAAUUCGCCAAGAGUAACACGAAAGUGAGCAAACCCAAACCACAGCCCAAUACAGCGACAACAGCCUCACAUCCUGCAUUGAUGCACCCACUCACUGGACAUUUGGGUGGACCAUUCUUUCCAGGCGGACCGGAAUUAUGGCAUCAUCCGUUAGCCUAUUCGGCAGCCGCCGCUGAAUUACCCGGUGCAGCUGCAUUACAGCAUGCCACACUAGUGCAUCCAGCUCUACAUCCGCAGGUGCCGGUACGCUCUUACCUCUGACUAAAUACAGAUAAAGUUAUCGAACAGCCUAUGCAUCAAACUCAAAUGACCGCUAUGACGCAACAUCAUCAAGCAACAACACUACAUCCAACAGCUAUGCAUAUGUCCGCUGCUGCUGCCGCUGCUGCUGCUGGUUUACCGCCGGGCACAGCCGCCACUGGCCCACCGGGACCGCCACCAACCGGUCAUACAGCACAUCAUCAUUUUUUAUCCAGCCCCGCUUUGGCGAGUCCAGUUGGUUCCUCGAAUAAUCCAGCACAUCCAUCAAAUCCACCAUUAGCUGCGAACGCGCCCUGCUCGACAUUGUUUGUGGCCAAUUUGGGGCAAUUCGUGUCUGAGCAUGAACUUAAAGAGGUCUUCUCCAGUAUGCCUGGCUUUUGUCGCCUCCGAAUGCACACAAAAGGUUCGCACAAUCUCACUUCUACUUCUACUACUACUACUUCCACCAUCACCAAUGCCACCAACACAAGCACCACUUCUACCAAUUCCAAUGCAACGGCCAUUGCUAAUUAUCAUGGAGUUGGCAACAAUAACAACAACAGCAAUGCCAACCAUCCAGUUGCGUUUAUUGAGUUCAAAGAUACCGUUAGCGCUGCAACAGCAAUGCAGCAAUUACAGGGUAAAUAUUUACUCUCCUCCGACCGCGGCUCGAUACGCAUAGAAUUUGCUAAAACCAAAAUGAUCAAUGACACUAUGACCGGUAGUGGCAGUGCCAAGCACAAUAACAAUAACCAUAACAACAACAACAGUAACAACAAUGAAGCAUUGGCUAUGCAGAAAGCAGCCAAUGCCAUGAACGCUACACAAUUGCUCGCCGCCAACAACAUGACGGCCGUUAGCCCCGCCGGUACCGCUAUGACGCUUAUCAGCAAUCAGCCGCCGCAGCCGCAGCUUAUCAUACUGAAUGGCUAUGCACAACAGCAACAGCAGCAGCAACAACAGGUAAUGCAUCAGCAGCAGCAGCAACAACAACAACAAGCAAUGCAACAACAGGUGCAGCAGCAACAACAACAACAGCAAGCACUAUUGCAAACGGCCGGCGUUAUGCAGCAGCAAACCAUAUUGCCGACACAACAUUUUAUCACCACAAAUGGUGGCACUGCAACGGCUGUUGCCUAUCCAGCAGUUGGCGGCGGUUUGCAGGCUAUGUCAGCGGUGGGGCCAUCGUUGGCGACCAUUUUUACUAGCACCAACAGCACAAACAAUUUGAACAACUUGAACAACACCACCAGCACUACUAAUCUAAAUAAUAAUAACGGCAUCAAUAUCAAUAAUAUCAAUAAUAACAAUAACAAUAACAGUAAUAAUAAUAAUAUUGUGCACAAUCGUUCUACCGCACUACCACCGCCUACUGUUGUUGUAAACUCACUACAGCACCAACUUCAUCCAACUCAGCACCAAAAUCAUCUCUUUAGAGACAGGAGCGGGUAUGGAAUCAAGGCAUGAUUUAUUGAAUAAAAAAGCCGAACGCGACUUGCAACAUCAUCAAUUUUUAAUGACAACACCGACUUGACCCGUUACAACAGCAGCGGCCGCACAUCAGCAUCAACAGCAGCAACAACAACAACAACAGCAAACGCAACAACAUCAGCAUUAUACAUCGCAUUACCAACAGCAACAACAACAACAACAAGCAAACGCAGCGACACUUUCAACGCAUCUUAAUCAUCACCACCUACACCAACAACACCAUCAACAGCAACAACAUUACGCAGCAGCUGCCGCUACAUUAGCAGCCACACAUCACAUACCAACCACACUCAUUUCGGGUGCCACACCAGGAGCAGCAGCUGCAGCUGGCAUCUACUCAUACGUUUUGCCGGCAACAACACAUAUCGCAGCAUAGUACGACAACAUCAUCGAUGGCAAUUACAGUUACUAGUAUGUAUAACAACAACAGUAACAACAGGAAUAAAAUAUGGUCACCAGACUUUGUAUUUACCAUGCAUAUGAUUGCGUGUGGUGGUAUGACGCAAAAGCAACAACAACAAUAGCAACAAAUACAACCAAUUGCGUCAAAUUGAGCGACAGUUUGGGUUUAUAUAGCAUGCAACAAGGGCUAAACAGAGAGUGUAAGUAUAACAGCGUAUAAGGCGCAGCAUGCCACUGACUGGACAUGCCAUGCGCAUGGAGAAGAACAGAAAAUUAAGAACAUAACUAUAUAAAAAACAUACCAAAUCAAAGUAAUUAAACAUAAAAUAUAAUUAUCAGCUAAAGUAAUAAAUAACAAAAUACAUACAAACACAUACAUUAUAUGAUAUAAUGAUAUGUAUGUGUGCUUAGUGUAGUACAAUUUGGAAACAUAUGGAAGUUAAAUAAAUUAAAGCUAUUCAAAAUAGAUGAAAGAAUGAAAAUACUAAUCAAAUAUUAUUUGCAUAUAUGUAUUAAAUGCAUUUUAUGUGUUUUUUAAGUUUUGGGAACUCUUUAUUAAUUUUUUUAAUUAUUUAAUAAUUUUUUAAUAUAUUUAUUAGUUAAUUUUUUUUUAAUAUAUUUACAUAUCUAAUAUUUAUUUAAAACUAAAUUUUUAUAAUUUAAAAAAAAUUUAAUUAAAAUUUUUUAAAUUUUUUUUUUAAUUUUGAUUUAUAAUUUUUAUUUUUUUAAUAUCCUUUAAAGCUGUUUGACAUUUUUGUUACUUUUACUACAAAACUAAUAUUGCUUUUGCAAUACUUGUAACUCAAUUAAUGUUCGAAUGUUUAAACUUUUUAACUAAUAUCUAUUAAGUUUUGGAAGCUAAAAAUUAAUUUUCUUGAAAGGAAUUGAUAAUAUUAGACAUCAAUCUUGUAAUUGCUAAUCUUAUCUACACUUAAACGAAAUGUGUGAAAUUUUUUGAGAUAUUUUAAAAUUUAAAUGUAUUUGAUUAUCAACAAUAACUAAAAAUAAUAAUAAUAAUACAAAAAUUGAUUUUAAUCAUAAAGAUAUAGUAAUGUACUAAAAAACUUUUUGUCAUAAAAGAAGAUUUAAAUUAAAAGUACAUGAAUAAUAAAGAACUAUUUAUAGCUUAACCGAAUGUGCCCUUUACAUAGCUCUCUUUCUAGAAUUAUAUAAAAAAUAUAAUUAUUAAAAAUUAUUACAACAGUAUAAAAUAAAAAAUGACAAAAACAAAACUAAUUGGAGAGUCCCAAAUAUAAAACAUUAUUAAAUGCAUUGAGCAGUUAAAUUAUAACAUUUAUUAUUGUCAUAAAAAUUAUGAUGUAAUAAUUAUUGCAAAAAAAAUACAGAAGCUGCUGAGUAGUGUGCAUAAUUGCAGUAAAGCAUGUAGAAAUUUUGAUAAAAAGCAAACUAGAGUUAGAGUUUCAAAUAAAUGCAAAACGCAAAUAGCAGAAAGAGCAUAAAGUAGGCUACAUGAGACAUAAAUAAAUAAAUAAAAAAAUUAACAAGAAAUGAAACUACCAACAAAUCAUAAGGUUUCCGAAUUGUUUAAGUAAAAUUUAAAAAACAACACACAAAAUUAUUGAUUUUCUAAACAAACAAAAAAAAACACAUAUUACAAAGUAUGUUAGAACCAAGUAGAAGUAAGUAGACAAGCAUAAAUUGACAACAGUGUACCGAAUAUCAAAUGCUUACGAACAAUAUUUAAAUAGACGUUUCGGUCAUAUUAACGCAGACAAUUUGCUAAUUGACCAAAUUAAGGCGCUGUCUGAACGUCAAUAAUAUUACAGCGUUGAAAGCAGAAAAAGCUGUCGCUGUUAAGCAGACAAUAAGCGCGAUGCUGGCAGCUGAAUGACAAAAAAGUAACAAAAUAACCCAACAAGAACAACAAAAAACAAUACAAGCGGAUAUAGGAGAAUGGGCUAACAUACUAACUAACUGGAAAACAAAACUUGUAUACUACUUAUACUUUACAAAACAACGCUUUUCUACCACUUUAGCCGUUAUUCAUAACCAAAACAUUUAUGUAACCUGGCUGCAGACUACAGAACAAAGCAAACAUAACGAUUUUCUCUUAGGACUAUAAAACAACUACUUACAUACACACAUAUUUAUUAAAAUCUAACUUCCGCCCAGUUUAUAGCAAAAAAAAAAACAAAAAGCAACAAGAAGCAACAAACACUAACUGACAGGUUAAAAUUCGAAGCUGACAGCUAGCAAUGAUAGCGAAAGCGACACGCAUACAUACAUAAAUACUUAUGUAUAUUGUAUUAAGUUAUCGUGACUGAAAACUGAAACCAAAAUGAAACAAAUUUAUGACAGGAGUUAAAGCAUAAAAGCUGCAGCAUUCAUAAGAUACGCCGAAUACAAUUAAACAAAAUAACGGGAAUUACAGAUGGCGUAAAUUUUAAUAAAAACAAAAAACAAAAAAAAAUAUAUAUAUAUCAUGACAUAUCAUCUUGUGUAGUGUAAAAGUUUAUACUGAUGUAAGUAAAAAAAGUAAUAAUAAAUAAUUGCAUGAAUCGUAAAGCAAAUAAGUAGAGCCGUAGAUGAAAUCUGGGCAUGAGAGUGAAAUUGCGUAUAUAAAAAACAAAAAAAGCAAAAACAAGGUGGAAAUAACAAGAUACAUACAGCAAAAAAUUAUUUAAAAAAUAUUUUUUCAGUAAACUUUAAAUAGUUUUUAAAUAAUUUGCAAUAAUUUUUAAAUAAUUUUUUAAGAAUUAAUUAAUUAAAAAAUAUUUAAAAUUAUUUUAAAAAUAUGUAGAAAUUAUUCUAAAAUUAAAAAAAUUAUAAUACAUUGCUUUUUUAGACGCCAGAUAAAACAACUUUUUUCAUUAAGUUAUUGUAUUUGAAUAAUUUUUGAUUAUCUUUAAAACAUUUUUUUAAUCAUUUUUGAAUAUUUUUUAAAUAAUUAUUUUUUAAUAAAAUUAAUUACUUUUUAAUAAAAUUAUUUAGAAAAUAUUAAAACCAAUAUUUUUUUUAAUUCUUUUAAAAAUGAUUUUUAGUAUACAUAUAUUUAAAGAUGACUAAGAAAUUUAAAAAAAUUUAAUAAAUUUUAAUAAAUUUUUUUCAACUCAAACGCAAACCAAAACCACUUUAUUUUAAUAAAUAGUUAUAUUUGUAUUUAAAAUUCAUUAAAAAAAUAUUUUUUAAAUCAAUUUUUGAUAAUUUUUAAAUUUUUAAAUAUUUUUAAAUACAUUUUUUUUUAAAUUCUGUUAAAAUUUUUUUUUUUAAUAUAUUUAAAAACUAAAGAAAUUAAAAAAAAUAUAUAUGUAUAAUAUAUAAUAUAUAAAUUUAAUUCAAAUUUCUUUUAAAAAUAAUUUUAAAAAUUAUUAAGAAAUUUUAAUAAAUUUUUUUAACUCAAACGCAAGCUAAAACCACAUUUUUCAAUAUAUAUAGUUGUAUUCUGUAUAAAAUAACAGAGAUUAAAAAAACAUUUUAAUUGUUUAACGUAAAAAAUUUCUUCAACCGCAAACCUAAUUUACUCGCCGCAUCUCUCUCAAAACUACGCCACUGUGAACACGACUUUAUUUGCGAGCGCAAAUUCAUAUCAAAUCAAGCGUUGAUGCAUUGCAUAUAUAACUACAUACAUACAUCAUUUACAUAAAUAUAAUGCUAAUCGAAUGCAAAUAAUGCUGCUGAUGAUAAUGCUGAUUAUUUGUAAUUUUGUUUUAGACGAUGUUGAUAUACAAAUAUAACGCAUAUAAAGGUAUGCAAACAUAUAUGUAUAUGCAUAUAUAAAAUAUGAAAUACAUACAUAAAGAAGUGUAAUAUAUAAAUAUUUGUGCAUACUUAUUUUCAAAACAUUCUUAAGUUAUAAACUAAAAAAACAACAAAAAAAUGUAUUUUUAAAGUAGAAUUUUUAUGUGUUUUUCAUUACCAAAGUUGUCCUUACUAAACAAACAAAGCGCGUUAAAUAAAAUUUUAAUAUAUAUAUAUAUAUACAUAUAUAACAUUUAUUGCAAUUUUUUGUAUUAAUUAAUUGAUCUAUUAUAUAAUUUACUGUUUUCUUAGUUUAGUACUAGACAUACCAAAGCAAAUUCAAAUGGUUAAAAUUAUAUAAAAACUUAUAUACUUACAUAUAUAUACUAAAUAUAUAGUGUUAUCUUGCAAACACACCUACCUAAAUAUUAGCAUACAAACUUAUAUAAAAAUAUCAGCAGAAAUUACCGUAAACGCUAGACAUUUAACCAAAAAGGUGUUGAGAAUUGUUGCGCAACACACGCAAUAAGCGAAAUUAUAAUUUUCACUUUACAGUUAGCGGUAUUUAAUUAAUUUUAAAAUGGCAACAAAACUUCAAAGAAAUUUUGCAAAAAAGAUUUUACAACAAAAUGCAAGUAGCAUUUAAAAUAUACGCAUAUAUAUCAAGCUACUCACACAGACAUACAUACAUACAUGCAAGUAAAUAGUUUGUAUACAUAUUAGUCGGCAUAUGCAUAUUCCGUCCAAUAAUACUUUGUUUAUAUAUAUUUCAAAAGCCUAAUUGUAGUUUAACUUAGUUUUUGGUUUUUGUUUUUGCGCUAGAAAUUUUGGUGACUUGCCUCGUUUUAGUAGAAAGCAACCAAACGGCCACUUGUGCGGCAGACACAAGACAGACAACUCUGUAGCAGUGAAAUGAUAACGGUUAUGCAUUAUUAAUAAUAAAAAUUUAAUAAUAAUAAUAAUAGUAAUAAUAAUAAUAAUACUAACUCGUUUUUUGUGAGAAAAACUCUUUUUCUGUGACCAUUCGUGUCGCCGAAGAAGUCAACUGACUACUAAAUGCAUAUCAUUAUAUUGCGCCUUUUUUUCCAAACCCUUAAAUUAAUUACUAUUAUGAAGAACAAAAAACACAAGUAUAUGUAAAAAUAUAUAAAAACUAGUUUAGCGUGAACAUUUUUGAGAAUAAGACAUUAUAAUUUUCGAAAUUUUAACAAUAGCUUUAAGAAGAAAUCAAUAUGUUAGCGGGAAAAAUUUACUAAAAUGUCAUAAUUCAAUUGUUAUUUAUAAAUGUACACUUUUAAAUGUUGCAUAUGUAAGUGUGUCAUUUUAACUAAAAUCAAUGGCAAAUUGAAGCAAAUAUUUUAUGACUAAAAGUAAUAAACUCGGUAAAUUUUUAGUAAAUAUACAAUAGUAAUUUAGUGGUAAUUGUAAAAUAACAGUAAAAUAAUAUCUGUUAAUGACAGCGUUACUGUUAAGCAGUAAAAAGAUAGCAGAAAAUUUGUCACAGUUAAAUAGAGUUCUGGCAUGCGGUACAGUGGUCGUUUCGGUAGCAAGCUAUACAGAAAAAAACACGAAUAUUUGUAGCAACAGUUUUAUGUAAACGAGUGGCAAAAGAACACGCCAGAAUAGUUUAGUAUAGAACUUUUUUCUUAUAGCAAUGGGAUUACAUGGCUGAGUAAUAUUCGCAUUAAACUGCAAAUAAUGGUAACUAAAGUGAAAAUUAAAACAUUAUUAAUACCAAUUAAAUUCAAAUGCUUUAGAGAUUUGCAUUAACUUUUUAAUAGAUUUUUUUUUAUUUUGUAUUCCCAAAUAUAGCAUUAAAAAACAUAAAAAAAUUUUAAUUUAUUUUUAAUUUCUGAUAUUAUUAAUUUAUUUUUUUUAAUUUUUUUAAUAAAAAAUAAAUUUUUUAUCCUAGAUACCGGAUUAAAAUAUACAAAAAAAUUUUUAUUUAUUUUAAAAUUUUUAUUUUUAAAUUUUAAUUUCUUUUGAAUUUUUUAUAUUGUUAAUUUGUAAUCCGGUAUGUGGGAUAAAAAAUUUAUUUCUAAUUAAAAAAAUUAAAAAAUAUAAAUGAGCAAUUUUAGUCCAAAGCAUAUAAUUAAGAAUUGAAAAAAAGACAUUGUAUUAAUAUAAACAUAUUUUUUUGCGUUUGUGCACUUUAUUUAUAUUAAAAAAUAAAAUUUACAAUGUUUAAUCACAAACGUUUUGGAUUAAAAAAUAAAAAUCUAAUUUUAAACAUCGGGAUUAAAAAUUGAAAAUCUAAUUGUUAACCCCAACAUCGGGAUUAAAAAAUUCGCAACCUUGAAAUUAGGUUAGAAUUAAAAUGUUUAAUUUCUGCCUAAAUGAAAAGCGGUUUUGAAAACUGAACGUUGUUGCUUAAGCCACUUGAUUACAUAAUAUUGUUGCAAUGAUUUAUUUACGUAAGUAAUCAGAGCUAUAAACAAUAUGAGUCUUUUAAAAAGCAGCUUAAAAGCAAAAUAUUUUCGUUUAAUAUCGCUUCUUUCAAAUAUUAUAUAUUUUUGCUUUUAUAUCUAAUAAAAUCUGAUCUUUUAUCAUUAUUUUUUUGGUCUUUUCAAUACAUUUUCUUUGUAUUGUAUUGCUGUGUAAUACAAAUAAUCAUAUUUUAUUUCAACGUAAUAUUUUUUUUUUUUUUAAUUUCUUAUGUAUUUCAAAUUUUAUUCAUCAUUAUUUUAUAUUUUUGUAUUUUAUCGUAUUUUAUUUAAAUUUAGUUAAUUUAUUUUAAUUUUUUUUAAUUAGUUAAUUUUUUUCAUUAAAAUUUAUUUUAUUUUAUUUUGUUUAAUUUUAUUUUAUUCUAUUAUAGUUAUUUUAUUUUAUUAUAAUUAAUUUUAUUUUAUUUUGUUUUGUUUUUUAUGUUUUAUUUCUUUUUGUUUUUAUGAGUUAUAUUAUAAUACAAAUAACUUGUUGUAGGUUAUUUAUUUCUUUAUAUUUUGUUUAGUUUAAAAUAUUUUUUUUUCAUUGAUUUUUUUUUUUUAUUAAUCAUAUUAAUUAUUUUCUUUUUAACUAACUUGAUUUUUUUUAUAUACAGUUUUUAAAGGCAAUGUAUUAAAUUUUUCAUGCAAAUAUUUUAUUUAUAUAAACAAAUAUAUAUGCUGAACUGCUUUAUCUCUUCAAAAAUGCAUAAAUCACCAAAAUUUUGAAAGCGCCUGUCUUAUUUAAUUAUUUUUAAUAAUGUUUAUAAAUAAUUUUAAUAUUUAUAUUAUAAAAAAACAAAGUAAAGUAAAGAAGCUAAUAUAAAUAUUAAUUGAACUUAUUUUAACGUUAUAUACUUAUAUAUACACAUAUAAAUACAUAUAAAAAUAUAUAUUACCAACAUUCGACUAUGAUUAGCCAAGCAUGAAAAUACAAAGAAAAGACAAACCAAAACAGUAGAAGCGAAAAAAGACAGCCAAGCGCAGGUUCGAAAUAGCAUUUUUGAAUAGUAUGACGAAAAACCAAGGAAAACAAAAACAACAAAUUACUAAAGAAAAAGUCGAUAAAGCGGCAAUUACAAAUAUAAAACCAACAAACAUAUCUUUGAAUGAACAAUUUUACAUUUUGUAAGUCAAACAGGUCAAAACAAAUGCCGCCGUGUAGACGCUUAGCAAAAGAUUAAGUUUUAAACUGUUGAUAUAAGCGGUAAUUAACUAAUAAAAUACAGGCAUGUAAAUUGUGCGAAAAUUAACUAAAGAAAACUAAAAAAAAAAAUACAGCAAGAACAAAAACAUAUAAACAUAAAUGGAAAGCAUGUAGCGGUGGAUGCCAGAUGCAAAAUUUGUUUAAUGAAAUCAAUUAACUAUUAAAUUAAACACACAAAAACAACAAAUACAUAUCAGCAAAAAUUAACAACUUUUACAUUGCAGUGAAUGCGCAUACAUAUAAGAAAUACAUAAGUAAAGUAGCAGAAUCUAGCAAAAAGGGUAAAGAAAAAAGAAACAAAACAAAAACAAAAAAAAAAAAAAAAAAACGAAAAGCAAGAAAAUAAUUACAUACACAUAUACAUACUUAUAUAAUAGACGCUGAGGAAACUUUUAAAAUAUUUAUUAUUUACAUUUAUUUAUACAUGAAAAAAUGGGUAUGAAAUAAUAUUUACCGGAACCGAAAGUGCGAGUACAUACUAUAUUGUAGGCAUAUAUGCAGAAAUCUAGCGCAAAGGUAUAUAAAUUAAUUCAAUCAGCAUGCAUACACAUACAUUAUACAUUUAUAGUGAAAAGAAGCAGUUACCAAAAAAACAAAAAAAAACAAAAACAUAUGAUAAUUAUAAAUUUAGUUAUACUUAAAACAAUGAUUGUAAAGAAAAUACUGCAAGCAGUACGUGAGUAUGUAAAGUGAAGCAAUUUCGUAAUUAAAAUUAAAUUAAAAAUUAAACUAAAACAAAAACAAAGAAAUAAAUUAAAAAUGAUGUGAGCGUUGUGCUGCAGAUGAUGGAAAACAAAAUAGCAGGUAUUUUUAUGCAUUAAUGCGUAAUAAACAUAAUAAAUUAUUAGGGAAUACAUUAAAUAAAUAAUUUACAGUACAUACAUAUAUGCAUACAUAAAUUGUAUAAAAUAUGUAAUAAACGUAAAUGUAAGUGAAUUUCAAACAAGUAAAAACUUUAAAAUGAAAAAAUAAAUAAAAUUUAAUGCGUGUAAUUUGGAAACUGCUUGCAAAACAUACAAACAUACAUACUUAGAGAAAACUGCUUAAAAAAACUUUGCAUAAAUUUUCAAUUAAAUUAUUUGUUAAAAUUCGUUUCCAAACUCAAACGCUCAUUGUUUGCCUUAUCAUGCCGUAAACUUAUAAUUAUAUAAUUAUUUAUGUUAAUUCUACAUAAGCACGCACACAUACAAGCAAAUUAGCGAACAAUGCGGUAAUAAAACUAGAUUAUUUACAAGCAUACAAGUGUGCGUGUGUGUGUUUGUGUGGUAUGCCUUUACUUAUGAAGCUCCUUAAAUAACUAAAAGUAAUUAAUUCUCUCUGUAUUAAUAAAUAUUUUUUGUUCGUUCAAAAUAAAA